AUGAAAAAACUUUAGGAGUAUUAAGCUUCUAAGCAAGCUUACACAAACUAGUUAGAUGAUUCAUAUUCAAGCGGACAGCAAAACAAAAAUCAGCCUGAGCGAUUGAAAUCCUCUAAGAACGGUAGAAAGGUCGCUUACAAUUAGAAUAAUCCCUAGCACUAUUAAACUGCUCCAUAGAAUGGAGCGGCAAACAUGAACUAAGCAAACACCUCAAUGGGUCGCAUUAAUCCUAGUCUUCUUAAUAUAGCACCAGAUCAAGUCAAGAAGAGAUUGCUCAUGAAUAGACUUUAUGAUACAGGUGUAUCUAAUGUUCCAUUACCUUCUGUUGAAAGACCACUUGAAAAAAGAGCAAGUGCUAGACCAUAUUCUGCAAAAAUGGGGAAAAAAUAGAAAGACCCGACAUCUCCUGUGAAGAAGCGGUUAUAAGAAAUGAACAAUUCAUUCAAUGUUAACGAGACUUACCUCACUAAUCAUCCGGGCAACUUCACUAAUAUCAUGACCAAUGAUAAGUCAUUCAGCUAUAUAAGAUAGGAGAACAGUUUCCUAGAUUAAUACCCAAAGAGCAGAGGACUUGCUGGUGCCAUGGCAAAUACUAGCGGCUUAAAUGUUUCAGCUUCAGAUAUUCAAAUAUUAUAGGGUUCCAAUCCUUAUAUUUAAGAUGCCUCAUAAUCUUACGGAUAAUUGCCUUCUCUACAAUAAAAUCUAUCUAGAGGCAAAUCAGCAAUUAAUAUGCAGAGUAAAAUGAAUCAGCAAACAUUUUACAAUUCAAACACAAAUAAUAACAACAAUAAUAUUUAUGGACAGGAAGCACUAGGAUCAACUAAGGGACUUAAUAACUAAAGUUCAGCUAAUCUUCAAAAUCCUCAUUAUUCUCACAUAGCACAUUCAAUUACAGGAAUGACAACAAUGACUCCUUUGAGACCUUCUUAAUCUACUUAAAGAAAGACUAUCCAUAAAGAUUUUUUUACAGCCAAACUUAUGAUGAGCAAACCAAAAGCAGACUAUGAGCCUUUAUAAGCUAAAUAAUAGGAAAAGAUGACAAAGAUCAAGGAUAUUCUGUACAAGCAACAGAUUCAGCAGUAAAUAUAAUAGAGUGAGAAUAUGCAGAGAGAUCCAACCUUGAUUCAAUUCAAUGACUUGAGUACUUUUUCUCAGAAGAAAUUUGAAAGAGCGAGAUCAAAGUAUCUCCUAGACAAGUUAACUGGGAAACUUAACAAUCCUGACUAUUUCUUAUAGCUAUCAAGAUCAAUGGCUGAGAUGUAUGGAACAGACACUGACGAAUUUCUUGCUUAAUUGCAUGCAAAGAGUCAUUUAGACGGGGCUGAUCAAAAUAAAAUGAGCAAAAUCAAUAUAAUGGGAGGGGAAUCAAUAAACAGAACUGAUGAAGAUUAAAAUGAUUAGCAAUACAAUCAACAGAAUAACAAAGAUUUCUUAAGACCAGAAGUAGAUAAACAGGCCACCAAUUAAACUAAGUCUAAAAAGAGUUGGAGUGAGCUAGAUAAGUACAUUGAGUUACUUUUGGAUAGUAAAUAAACUGAUCAAUCAGUCUUUGUCUAUCUAAAUCCAAAUGCAAAUGGAAACCCUUAUGAUCUUUAAGUAUGUCAGUAUCAUGACAGGAGUGAGCAAAAAUAUUACACCUUAUCAGCCAAGGGAAUAACCUUGUACUUAAACGAAUCUCCUGUUGAAUUCAUUACUCUUGGAGAUUGGCUCAUUGAGAGAGAUUCUUAUAAUCACAUUAAAGAGUUGUCGUUCUUUAAGAAAUUUAAGAGAUGGAAGUUCUUAAGAAUGUGGAGGAAAAACAUUUUAUCUCACAAGAGAGCGAAAGCCAGAAGAAUGCUUGAGGAGAAACUUUUUAUUUUGGACGAUAUCUUUAGGCCAAAACUACUUAAUCACAAGAGUUUCUGUAACGAGAUGCAAAAGAUGAGAUUCAUUGAUGUUUCAAAAUCUUUGGAUUGUGUCACUAUUGAGGAAUUUGCUUCUAUUCAGUAGAAGUAAAAGACAUUGGUGUCUGAGAAGAUUCAAACUUACUCUGAAAAAUGCAGAGUUAAUGUUAAGCAAGCAAUAGACAACAUGUUGAGUGAAUUAAGAGAGAGAAUCAUAUCAGAGUUAGCUUUGGAUGAAGAAUAAAGGAAAAAUAAUCCUUCAUCUGCUUUGAACUAAGUUAAUGCUACAGCUGCAGCAAUGAAGAGAAAGAAGUCCAAUUCAGUCUUUGAAAAUCUUGGUUUCCCUGACCACAUGACUUAUGGUCACAGAUCUAAUCUCAGAAAGGAAUGCUCGAGAUUUCUAAGGUUUGCCUACUUAAUUGAUUUCUUAGCAAUGGAGAGCUUGAGCAACAUUUAUAUUGACUCAGUAAGGGAAAUUAUUGGUAAACUUUAGAGACUAGAUCAAUCAAAUAACUCUGCUUUAACUGAACAUGAUAUGUAUCAGCACAAGGGUAUGGAACCGAUGUUCAAAGUCUCAAUUAUAUUUGAUCCAGAGAAUCCAGUUCCAGAUAGUGAGAUCUAGCUUGUGAAACCAGAUGAUUUCAAGCAACCUCCUCAUGGACAUUCAAAAGACGAAGACUUUGAUCCCACUGUUCAUUUAGAAUUAGAGCCCGAGAAAGAAGAAGGAGAAGAGGAUGAAGACGAAGAUGUGGAAAAUAUGAGUUUCGAUUCAGAUGGUAAUGUCAAGAAGAAAGCUCCAAAAGUCAUGAAAUAAGUAGCAUUGACACUUUACAGAAGAUGGCUUUUUAUCGAUCCAAGUAGAGAUGAUAUUCUAACAAUGGUCUAAAAUGUACUAGCCUAGGGUCUAGAAUCACUCUAAGUAUUUGAAAGAUGGAGCAAGCAUGACGAACUUACUCCAUAUGCAAAUGCUCUUGAGGAAUGGGAUGAUAUGGUGGGUGAUGAUUGGGAGGCUCCUGAGAAAAACUAUUUGAAUCCAUAUGAUUGGAUCAAGGAAGAUGAGUUAUACGGCAACCAAAAUAUGAUCAUUGAGUAGAUUCUUGACUCAGCUUACGUUAAGGCUCAAGAUUUCCUGGAAAAUCUCUAAAGUUAUUUACAUACAUACUGGUCUAAUGAAAGAAUCAAUUUUGAAUUGCUUAUAGACGAAAAAUUAAGGUAGCCUACAGAUAUGCUUAUUCAUACAACCAAGCUAUUUAAACUGCAAAAAGACAAUUUUGAGGAAAUUCCCCAAGUGGCAUUUAGAGGUCUAUUAAAACUCGAUAAUACAAAGACGAGAGAAAUGCUGAUUCCAUCUCCUAAAAAGUGCUUAACAAGGAUAGAGAUGAUUGUACCCGACACAAUUAGAAAAAGAACUGAUGAAAUGAGAAGAUGGCUUACUGCUGCAAUCAAAUCUCUUAACAAGCAAGCUACAACUGUUGAGGACUUCGUGGAGCAAAGCAACUCCUUGAAUAAAGUGUAGGAGUAAUUCUAAGAUGUCAGAGAUAGAGUAGAUCUUUAUGGAAUGUACUAUAACAUUUUCCACGAGUAUACAAUUGCUUUUAAGAAAGAAGAUAAAGAUUCCCAUAAUGAUGCAGUUACUGAUAUUUCUAAGCUCAAUAACUUAAUAGCUUCAGUUGAAAGUUCUUAGAAUUCCAACUUAGACAUCUUCAGAAAAAGUCUUGACGAAUAGAUUCCAAAGUUAAAUCAGCAAAUUAACGAUUGCUUAGCUUAGACAGAGGAAGAUAUAUUCUUGUCAAACAAAGUUAGCAUGUAUGACAUUUUGAGAAAGCUUGAUGUCUUGGAAACAACUUUCAAAGAAUUAGAAACUACAGCAAUGAAGUAUAACAAUUACUAAGAGACCCUCCAAGUAUAAGCAACUAACUUUGAAAAUCUUGAAAACCUCAGAGAGCAACUUACUUUAAGAUGCAUGAUGUGGAGAUCCUUAAGAGAAUGGGAGGAAAAGACAGAGGGUUGGAUCAAAGAGAAGUUCAACAACAUAAAUGCUAAGGAAAUUCAGGGCAAGGCUGAUCAGUUCUCUAAAAUAUGCAACAGAGUAGAAAAGAAUCUUCCACCUAACCCUAUUGCUUAAAGACUGAAGCAUCAAGUAGAUACAUUUAAAGCAGCAAUGCCAGUGGUUAUAGCUUUGAGAAAUGAUAAUUUGAAAUAAGAACACUGGAAAGAAAUCAAGGAUUUAAUUGGAAAUGAUUUCGAUAUUGAGGCUGAAGAUUUCACUCUGGAAUCCCUCAUCAGAUUAAAUGCCUAAUAGUAUUAGGAAGAAAUUCAAGCAGUAUCAGCCUAAGCAACUGCAGAGGCAUCAUUAAGAGCGUAAAUGGCAAUAAUUGAAGAAGUUUGGAAAAAAGUAGACUUUAAAUCUAAGAUUUAUAAGGAAGGUACAAAAGAUACCUCAUACAUUCUUGAAGACAUAGAUGAUAUUUACACAACACUGGAUGAGAGCAUGGCAACUGUAAACACUAUUCUUGGGUCAAGAUAUGUCAAGCCUUUAAGAUCAGAGGCUGAAGUCUGGAAGAAGAACCUCUAACUCUUAUCAAAAGUGCUCGACAAUUGGAUCUUCCUUCAAAAGUAAUGGAUGUAUCUUGAGAACAUUUUUACUUCAGGAGACAUAAGAAAGUAACUUCUUAACGAAGCUUAGAAAUUUGAUCACGUAGAUAAAUUCUUUAAACAGCUAAUGCAGAGAGUCCACAAAUCUCCGAAUGUAAUGAGGACUUUAAAAUAUGUAAACAACUUGAAUGAAACCUUGGUGAAUAACAAUGAGAUUCUAGAAGAAAUUCAGAAGCAAUUAGAAAAGUAUCUUGAGACUAAAAGAUAAGCCUUCCCAAGAUUUUAUUUCCUAUCAAAUGAUGAGCUCUUAGAAAUUCUCGCUAAGUCUAAUGAUCUAGAAGUCAUUCAAUAAAAUCUAAGAACAUGUUUUGAUAAUAUCUUCAGACUCGACAUCAAAGAGGGCAUAGAUAUUAUGGCUAUGAUAUCUGGAGAAGGAGAGAAGAUUGCCUUGGCUAAAACAGUCAAAGCAAGAAACUAAGUUGAGACUUGGUUGCUUCAAGUGCAGAUGAUAAUGGUUGAAACAAUUCAUAAGAUUAUGAAAUUCGGUCUUUAAGACUACUCAAAUACUGCUAACAUGGAGAGAAAGCUUUGGGUUAUGAAACAUCCGGGCUAGGUAGUCUCCACCAUUUCACAAAUUCUUUGGUGCACUUCUUCUGAAUCAUAUAUCAAUGAUAUGAUAGAUAAUCCAUUUGCUCUACAAGAUUGGUAUCAGGUUAAUGUAGUACAGCUAACUCAACUCAUUGAGCUUGUAAGAGGAAACCUAGACUCUAUCAGAAGAAAAAUUAUAGUUGCAUUGAUUACUUGCGAUGUACAUGCAAGAGACAUAGUAGAAAGCUUAAUGAAAGAAAAUGUUUCCUCUGUUCAAGAUUUCCUCUGGUAGUAGCAGCUUAGAUAUUAUUGGGAUGAGGAUAAGGAUUAAUGUAUGGUAAGGCAGGUUAAUGCUGCAUUCUAAUACGGCUAUGAAUAUAUGGGAGCAACAAGCAGACUCGUUAUCACACCUCUUACAGAUAGAUGUUGGAUUACAAUUACAGGUGCAUUAAAUAUAAAAUUGGGGGCAGCUCCAGCUGGACCUGCUGGUACUGGUAAGACUGAGAGUACCAAGGAUCUUGCAAAAGGUCUCGGAAUGCAAUGUGUUGUCUUCAACUGUUCAGAAUAGAUCACUUAUGUCAUGAUGGGAAGAUUGUUUUCAGGACUUUCCUAAACAGGCGCUUGGGCUUGCUUGGAUGAGUUCAACAGAAUUGAUAUUGAAGUACUCUCAGUUAUUGCUUAGUAACUAAUGACAAUCAAAAGAGCCUUAUAAGCCUAUGAGGAGUAGCCUACAUUCCUCUUUGAAGAUAAUGUCAUUCCUUUAGUACCAACAUGUGGUGUAUUUAUUACUAUGAAUCCUGGGUAUGCUGGAAGAACUGAACUUCCUGAUAACUUGAAAGUCCUAUUCAGACCAGUGUCUAUGAUGAUCCCUAACUAUAGGCUCAUUGCAGAAAUCAUGCUUUUCGCUGAGGGAUUCUAGAAUGCGAGACCUCUUUCUCAAAAGAUGGUCCAAUUAUAUAAACUAUCCAGCGAGCAGUUAUCAUAACAAGAUCAUUAUGACUUCGGUAUGAGAGCUGUCAAAUCAGUCUUGGUCAUGGCUGGUUCGUUGAAAAGAGCGUAAAAGGAUUUAGAUGAAGAUAUUGUGCUUAUCAGAGCAAUGAGAGAUAGUAACGUGCCUAAAUUCUUAAAAGAUGAUCUACCCCUAUUCUCUGCUCUUAUCUAAGAUCUUUUCCCAUCAGCUGUAAUUCCUGAUGUGUCAUUUGAGGAAUUAGAGAAUUAAAUAGCAGAAACAAUACAUUCUCGAGGACUCUAGCCUGUUCCAGCAUUCAUUACUAAAGUUGUUCAGCUUUUUGAUACAUUUGAUGUUAGAUUUGGAGUUAUGAUAGUUGGUCCAACUGGAGGAGGUAAAACUUCAUCUUAUGAUGUUCUUGCUGAUGCAAUGACUACACUUAGAAAAGACAAGCAUUCUAAAGACCAAAGAUAUCAAGUAGUUAGAAAAGAAGUGUUAAACCCAAAGUCUAUAUCAAUGGGAGAAUUGUAUGGAGAAGUCAAUCCGAUUUCAUAGGAAUGGAGAGAUGGACUUGCAAGUAAAAUUAUGAGAGAAGCUGCUUUGGAAAACAAAGAGGAUAAGACUUGGGUUGUCUUUGAUGGUCCAGUAGAUGCUCUUUGGAUUGAAAAUAUGAAUACUGUUCUUGAUGAUAACAUGACUCUUUGCCUGGCUAAUGGCUAGAGAAUUAAACUGAGAGCUCAAAUGAGAAUGCUCUUUGAGGUAUAAGAUUUAUCAGUAGCUUCUCCUGCUACUGUUUCACGUUGUGGUAUGGUUUACAUGACUCCAGAGGAAUUAGGAUGGAAACCUUAUGUUGAUAGUUGGAUUCCAAGAAUUUACCCAGAUGACUCAAUCCUGCUUGAUGAACAUAAGGCAGUCUUGCAUAGUCUCUUCGAAACCACAGUUGAGAUAGGACUAGAAAAAAUUAGAAAUCUUAAACUUGUAGAGUAUAUUAAGACUGUUGAGAUUCAAAGAGUAGCCAGUCUGUGCAACUUCCUUGAAGUUAUGCUUACACCUUAAUACGGAUUCAAAGGAGACAAAGAGGAGAAGAAAAAGAUUCUACCCUUCUAUUUCACAUUUGCUUAUAUCUGGGGUAUCGGAGGCGGUCUUGAUGGCUAUGGAUAAGAAAGAUUUGAUGAUGUCGUGAGAGAGCAGUUCAAAGCCUGCGCUAUUCCUCAGAAUAACACUUGCUUCGAGUAUUAUCUUGAAACCAAGAAGGAGACAAGAUUCCAGCCAUGGACUAAUAAAAUGGAAGAAUUUGUGUAUGAUAAGGAUAUACCAUAUUUCUAGAUGCUUGUUCCAACAGUUGAUACCUAAAGGUGCGCAUAUUGUCUAGAAUUACUAUUAGAGAAGGAAAAGCCUAUACUUUUCACUGGAGUAACAGGAGUUGGUAAAUCUGUCAUCAUCUUGAAUCUCCUUUCAAGUAUCUAAGAACCAAAGAAUAUCAAUCCAGUAUUCCUAAAUUUUUCUGCUCAAACAUCUUCGAUCAGAACUUAAAAGACUAUUGAGGACAAAAUCGAAAGAAAGAGAAAGGGACUUUAUGGUGCACCUCCUGGCAAAAAACUUGCCAUCUUUGUUGAUGAUGUAAAUAUGCCAGCAGUUGAAAAGUAUGGAGCUCAGCCACCAAUAGAAUUACUGAGACUUUUUGUAGAUAGAAAGGGUCUAUACGAUAGAGAAACUCUUGAAUGGAAAAGAGUGGAGGAUACCACUCUUAUAGCAGCUGGUGCAAGACCAGGUGGAGGUAGAAAUGAUCUUACUCUAAGAUUUACGAGACAUUUCAAUGUCUUCAAUAUUCCAGAAGGAAGCAGAGCAACUCUGCAAAGGAUAUUCGGUUCUAUAUUAAAUGGAUUUUUGAAAGUGGGUUUUAUGGAACCUAUUUAAAAACUUGGGGACGGAGCUGUAAUGGCUACUAUUGAAGUAUAUCAAAAAAUUAUAGAAGAAAAAAGACCAACUCCAGCUAAGUUCCAUUACUUAUUUAAUCUAAGAGAUGUAAGUAAAGUAUUCCAAGGCAUGCUGAUGGUAAAACCUAUUUCAAUAAACUCUCCUGAGGUAUUUGCCAAACUAUGGAUGCAUGAAUGUCUAAGAGUCUUCCAUGAUAGAUUAAUCAAUGAUGAAGAUAAGAAAUGGUUCACAAGAAUGGUUUGUGAGCUUUCGAAUGUUUAUUUCAGAGCUAGGUUCGAGCAUGAUGACUUAUUUUUAAAUGGGCACUUGCUAUUUGGAGAUCUUUUGAAACUAGAUUCAUCUAAGAACUAUGAAGAGAUAAAGGAUGCCAAUAAACUUAAAUCAACUCUCAUAGAAUUCCUUGACGAUUAUAACAUUUCAGCAACUCGAAAAAUGAAUUUGGUUUUCUUUGAGGAUGCUAUUGAGCAUAUCAUAAGAGUAGCAAGAGUACUUAGACAGCCAAGAGGUAAUAUGAUGCUAAUUGGAGUAGGUGGUUCAGGCAAGCAAUCACUAACCAAAUUAUCAUGUCAUAUGCUUGGGUACUAAGGCAGAUAAGUAGAAAUUACUAAGAAUUUUGGUACUGAAUAAUUUAGGGAUUUCUUAAAAGAACUGAUGUUUGGAGCUGGAAUUGAUGGAAUAUCAAUAUGUCUAGUUUUAACUGAUACUCAAAUAGUUAAAGAAACUUUCUUGGAAGACAUCAACAACCUAUUAAAUACUGGUGAUAUUCCUAACCUUUUCUUGCCAGAAGAUUAUGAUAAAAUAAUCAACUCUGUGAGACCAAUAGUGAUUGAGAUGAAGAGAGUUGAUACUCAAGAUAAUAUAUUGAUGACCUUCAAUGAAAGGGUCAGAGAAAAAUUACAUAUUACAUUGUGUAUGUCACCAGUUGGUGAUUCUUUGAGAGUAAGAUGUAGAAAGUUCCCAUCUCUCGUCAAUUGCUGUACUUUAAAUUGGUUUGAUAGAUGGCCCUAGCAAGCACUUCUCUAUGUCUCAUCAGAAUUCUUAAAAGAAGUUGAAGUUUCAAAUGAAUCAGUAAAAAGAAAUCUAGCUGAAAUGUGUAUGAUGAUACACACAACUGUAGAGGAAAAGGCUUAAGAAUUUUAUGAGAAAUUAAGAAGAAGAGUUUACACAACACCGAAAUCAUACCUCGAUCUGAUUCAUCUGUAUGUUUCCUCCCUUGAGUAAAAGAGAGAAGAGUAAAUGAAAAAUAAGAGAAGGUUGGCUCUUGGUCUGCAAAAACUUAAAGAUACGAAUGCUAACAUCGCUGAUUUUAAGAUAAAGAUUGAAGAUCUUUAACCACAGUUAAAAGCUAAAAAUGAACAAAUAUUAGAGGCUUUGGUCCAAGUCGAAAAAGACUCUAAAAUCGCUAAUGAGGUCGAGAAAGUAGCCUCAGAAGAAGCUAAAAUUGUCAAUGCUAAAAAGAUGGAAGCUUAAGCUAUUGCUGAAGAUGCUGAAAGAGAUCUUAGUGCUGCCAAGCCAGAAUUAGAAGCUGCAAGAUAAGCAGUUAGUAAUCUUGAUAAAGCAUCAAUUGUAGAAAUUAAAUCUAUGCCUAAUCCUCCAAAGGCUGUACUUAUGGUGAUGGAAUCUAUUAUGCUUUUGCUUGGAGAGAAACAAGAUUGGGCUUCUAUAAGAUAAUGUCUAAAUGAAACAAAUACUUUUAUUGAUAGACUGAAAAACUUUGAUGUGAUGAAGACACCAGAAUCAGUCUUUGAAAAGUGUCGGAAAAAUUUCCUUUCUAAACCUGAGUUUGAUGUUGGAGAGGUAAGAAAAAAGUCAGUGGCAGCUUCAUUUAUGGCAACUUGGGUGAAAGCAGUCAAUAAUUAUCAAAAGGUCGUCAAAGUUGUAGAGCCAAAGUAAAGAAGAUACAAUGAAGUAAAAGCAAAUUUAGACCAAGCUGAGAGUGAAUUAGCUAUAAAGAUGGCUGAGGUUCAAAAAGUUAGAGAUAAAGUUGCUCUUCUCUAGCAAAAAUGCCAAGAAAUGGAAAAUGAAAAAUAAAGAUUAGCAGAAGAAAUGGAAAGAUGCGAAAAGCGUAUGGGUAGAGCAGAAAAGCUAUUAGUUCUGCUUUUGGAUGAAGGUGUAAGAUGGAAGGAAACUGUCGAGAGAAUGGAUAUUGAAAUGGAAAAACUUGUAGGAAACGUGUUUAUAUCUUGUGGCUGUAUUUCUUACUAUGGUGCAUUCACUGGUUUAUACAGAGAAUAAAUGGUCAAAAUGUGGAGAGAAGAGUGUAUCAAGAGAAAGAUACCAAUUAGUGAGGACUACAAUAUUAUUAAAGUAAUGGGGAACCCUGUAGUCAUAAGAGAUUGGAAUCAGAAAGGAUUACCAACAGACACAGUCUCAAUAGAAAAUGGAAUUUUAUCUACUAAGGGUUCAAGAUGGCCUUUGCUUAUUGAUCCUUAGCAGUAAGGUAAUAAAUGGAUUAAGAACCUUGAGAAGGAAAAUGAUGCAUUUAUAUUAAGGCUUAGUACACCAAACCUGUAAAGAACUCUGGGAAUGGCAACAUCAAGUGGAAGACCAGUCCUUAUCGAAGAUAUCGAGGAGUUUUUGGAUCCUGGACUUGAUCCUAUCUUACUAAAAUCAGCCUAUAAAACUGAUGGAGGUAUAAUGCAAAUACGUAUUGGUGAUUAAGUAUAUGACUACGAUGAAAACUUUAGAUUCUACAUCACUACUAAGAUGCCUAAUCCACAUUAUCUACCUGAAAUUUUCAUUAAAAUGACAAUCAUUAAUUUCACCGUGACCUUUAUGGGUCUAGAAGAUCAAUUACUGGGAGAUGUAGUCGUUUAAGAAAAGCCUGAAGUUGAGAAAAAGAGAGAUGAGAUUGUAGUGAGUAUGGAUAGAGACAAAAAUACUUUGGUUAGCAUAGAAGAUUCUAUCCUGAAACUUUUAGCAGAAUCAACCGAAGAACAGAUUCUUGAUUAAGAUGACCUCAUCAUCAUUCUUGAAAAUUCAAAGAAAACUUCAGCCGAUAUUACUAAGAGAUUGGGUGAUGCUGCAAUAGUUGAAGAGUAGAUAAAUGAAACAAGAAACUAAUAUAGAUCGGUUGCCACCCGUGGUAGCAUCCUCUAUUUUGUAAUAGCAGAUUUAGCUGGUAUUGAUCCUAUGUAUCAAUACUCUUUGGUAUAUGUUAAGAGAUUAUUUAACUCUGCCAUUAUGAAGAGUCCUUAGUAGCCUACUUUAGAAGAUAGGCUCAAAUUACUGAUUGAUCGAAUAACUGAAACAUUAUACAUAGACAUUUCAAGAGGUCUAUUUGUUGCUCAUAAAGUCCUAUUUUCUUUCUUGAUUUGCACAAGCAUCAAUAGAAAUUCAUAGAAGAUCAAUGAAUUAUUAUGGAGUACUUUACUAAGAGGAGCUGGAGUUAUGAAUAAACAACAUUAACCAGAAAAUCCGAUGCCUAGCAUCUUGACCUAAAAUGGUUGGGACUUAGCUUAUUAUCUUCAAAUAAUAUUCCCAACCAAAUUUGACAAGCUCUGUGAUCAUAUCAUUGACAAUAUUGGCUAAUGGGAGGACUAUUGUGCUACUAACGAUCCUUAGUUAGAACCAUUACCAGAGCCAUUAAAUGAUGCUUUAGAUAAAUUUGACAAACUUUUGAUUUUGAAAGUGUUUAGACCUGAAAAGCUAAUGUUUGCCUUUACUGACUAUGUAAGAGACGAUCUUGGAAGGAUGUUCAUUGAAAACUAGGCAGUUACAAUGGAGACCAUAUAUUAAGAUAGUGAUAGAAGGACACCUGUCAUCUUUAUUUUGUCAACAGGAGCCGAUCCAACUACAUCACUAUAUAAAUUCGCAAAAGAUAAAGACUUUGAUAAUAAAAUCUAAGGAAUAUCAUUGGGUUAAGGGUAAGGAAUUAAAGCCGAAAGACUUAUUGAUAUGGCUAAGCAUCAAGGGGAGUGGAUUUUACUUUAAAAUUGUCAUUUAGCCAAAUCUUGGAUGCCAAGCCUGGAAAAUAUAGUUUAAGUGCUAUAGGAAGAGGUUGUUCAUAAAGAUUUCAGAUUGUUCCUAACAUCAAUGCCAGCUGAAUACUUCCCUGUUUCAGUUUUAUAAAACGGUGUGAAAUUGACAACCGAACCCCCAAGAGGGUUAAGAGCAAAUCUUAUGAAGAGCUUUUAGGAUUUAAAUCCUGAUUAAUUUGAGAAUUCUAAGAAGGUAAAAGAGUGGUAGAAACUUGUCUUUGGUUUAUGCUUCUUCCAUGCUAUUAUUCAAGAAAGAAGAAAGUUUGGUCCUUUAGGUUGGAAUAUUAGAUAUGAGUUUAACAACAGUGAUCUUGAGACUUCAAUUACCAAUCUAAAUAUGUUCCUAGAGGAGUAAGAAGAAAUUCCCUGGGACGCUCUACUCUAUGUUACAGGUCAUAUCAACUACGGUGGCAGAGUCACUGAUGAUUGGGAUAGAGUUUGCCUUAUUUCUAUACUCAAAAAGUAUUAUACUCAAGAUAUAUUGGAAGAUGGAUACAUGCUGAGUCAAUCAGGGACUUAUUUCGUGCCAGAAGUAGGAACACUUCAAACCUUCAAGCAAUAUAUAUCGGAGCUUCCAAUUAUAGAUUCACCAGAAGUAUUUGGACUGCAUGAAAAUGCUAAUAUAACAUAUCAAGCUUAAGAAAGUGAUAAGAUUAUAAUGACUAUUCUAUCAAUACAACCUAGAAUAACUUCUGGAGCUGGAGGCAAAAGCUAAGAUGAAAUUGUGAAUGAAUUAGCUAUUGAUUUAGAGAAUCAAUUACCGAAUCUACUGGAUAAGGCUAAUGCUAAGAAAGAUUUAUUUAAGGCGAAUGAAAAAGGACUGAUGGAGAGUUUAUCUACUGUUUUGCUUUAAGAAGUUGCUAGAUUUAAUCGCUUGCUAAUUGUAAUGAGAGCUUCUUUAGAAGAACUAUAAAAAGCAAUCAAGGGUUUAGUUGUAAUGUCAUCUGAAUUAGAUAGUAUGUACCUGAGUAUGCUAAACAGCUAGGUUCCUGCAAACUGGGAGAAAGUUGCAUAUCCUUCUUUAAAGCCAUUAAUGUCUUGGUUCAGAGACCUAUUAGAAAGAGUUGAGUUUAUGGAUAAUUGGCUUACUUAAGGCUAACCACCUUGCUUCUGGAUUUCUGGUUUCUUCUUCCCCUAAGGAUUUAUGACUGGAGUCUUAUAGACUCACUCUAGAAAACACAGAGUUGCUAUAGAUCAACUUAAUUUCACAUUCAAAGUAUUAGAAAACGACUAUGAUCAGAUUUAAGAUCCUCCAAAAGAUGGUGUAUUUAUUUAUGGACUUUACAUGGAUGGAGCAAGAUGGGAUAGAGUAGAAAGGACUAUAGAGGAUCAAUAUCCAGGUGAAAUGUACAGUCCAAUGCCAGUUAUUCUGUUCAAACCUAUAGAUAACUAUUAGUAGAAUUAAGAGGAUUAUCAGUGUCCGAUUUAUAAGACAAGUGUACGUGCUGGUGUUUUAUCCACUACAGGUCAAUCUACUAACUAUAUAUUAGCUGUAGAUUUGCCUACUAGGGAAACGCCAUCUUAUUGGACUCUAAAAGGUACUGCUUUGCUAUGCUAGCUCAACGAUUGA